UUUUGUUUUGUGGAAGUUCAGUUUUUUAGUGGAUCUAGAGUUGACUACGAUGCUACUGGACACUCAUGUACUACUAUGCUUUACAGUGCCGAUGGAAGUAGAUUGUUCUCUUGUGGAACGGGUAAAGAUGGGGAUUCUUUCCUUGUUGAAUGGAAUGAAAGUGAAGGAGCAAUAAAGAGGACAUACUCUGGGUUCAGAAAGAAAUAUGUUGGUGUUGUGCAGUUUGACACAACUCAAAACCACUUUUUGGCCGUGGGUGAAGAUCAGCAAAUAAAGUUUUGGAACAUGGACAAUAAUGACAUUCUCACUUGUAUGGAUGCAGAGGGUGGACUUCCGAGUCUUCCUCGCUUGAGAUUCAACAAGGAAGGAAAUCUUCUCGCUGUUACUACAGCAGACAAUGGAAUAAAGAUACUCGCUACCACUGCUGGUCUUAGAUCUUUAAGAGUAGUUGAAGCCCCGUCCUUUGAAGCAUUGAGAUCACCUAUUGAAUCUGCUGCAAUUAAGAAUGGAGUUGAUCCUAUGGAUAGAAACAUGGAAAAGCCAAAAACUUUGGAUGAUGUAACUGAUAAAACCAAACCCUGGCAGUUGGCCGAAAUUAUAGAUCCUGCUCAAUGCCGGCAGGUUACCAUGCCAGACAACAUGGAUGCAGUCAACAAGGUUGCUUGACUACUCUAUACAAAUUCCGGUUUUGGUGUUUUGGCACUUGGGUCUAAUGGGAUUCAGAAGUUAUGGAAGUGGACACGCAGUGAGCAAAAUCCAGGUGGAAAGGGAGACAUCCUGGAAGAUCCAGCAAAUGAGCCAAACAAAGAUAUGUACAUGAUGACUAUUGAGCCAGAAGAUGCACCCAACCAACCUGAAUCAAACAUUAGAUCAUCUCUGUCUGGACUAUCCUAUAUUCUGCUGGAUUUUGUUUUAGAAGGUGCCUCUCGACUGGUCUUUAACCGGCCCGGAACAUAUUGGUUUGCAGGUGAUUUCAGUGUCUGGUCCACCAUCAAGAUAUGCUGAGAAGUGGCUAGAAGAUCAGCAUUAUUCAUCUUUUUGCCAGGUUAAAUGUACUUGAAUAUUCACUUCCAUGUUAGUGAAUCAAAUGUGACUUUAUUCUCUUUUUUUCUUUUUUGUAUCAUAGGUUAUAUGCGUCUGACAUUUAUAGCAGUUCUCCAGUUUUUCAAUAUUUGAGGUUUAUUUGAUUCCUUCUUUAGACAAGUAGGAAAAUCUAUGCAAUAUCAAAGGGUGCUCAAAAUUAAUAGUUUAAUUACUUAACAUGUCCAAGCACAUUGUAUUGCGGA